AUGUUGGAAAAUGACGGUUGGAAUAUGGAAAAAUACAAUUCGAAAUUUGUUAAAAAACAAGAAAAAAUAAAUUUAUUUAAUGAAACAAAAUUUAUUGGAAAAAAUAGCGACGAAAGAAAGAUCAAGAAAGAUGAAAAAAAAGCAAAUCAAACGUUUAUUACGAAAAGCGAAAUUUUAAACGAAACGAAUAGCGACAAUAAUAAAAAUGCAACAAUUAUUGAAACAACUGAUAAGAGAUUUGAUAAAUUCGAAUCCGCUACAAUGGAUGAAAAACGAAAUGAAAUUUCUCAAAAUUUUCACUUUAUUGAAACAAACGAAACUAUAAAUCUCUUUAAAAAUAAUAAUAAUAGUGAAAAUCAAAAAAACAUUGCCUAUGGCGUUGUUUUACAAAAAAUACCACUAAUUUCGAAAAUGGAAACGCUUAAAACGCUAAAAAAUAGAGACGAAAAAAUUAGCGAAUUAUUUAGUGAAUUAAAAAAAUUUUUAAAUCAAGCAAAAGGAAGCGACGAAUUACGCGCAUUACUCGAUAAUAAUAAAAAUUCGAAAAAAAGUUUAUUUGAACGACUCAAAGAUGAAAUUCAACGACGAAAUAAUCGUAGAAACGAAUGGGAAACAACGACUAAUAAUGAAAAAAUUAUUACCGAAUUUAUUCACGACGAUUAUUCAUUUAUGAAAGAACUUGAUGAAGAAAUAACCAAUGAACUAAUUAAAUCUCUAAAUGAAAUUACAAAAAAAAAGAAUGAUAAGGUGAUAAAGAAAUGUGAUAAUAAUUUGAAAAAAACAAAAGAUUUACCUAUGAAAGAGAUAUUAUUAUCAGAAUUGAGCGAAAAUAUAACGAAAGAAGCGAUUAGAACAAAUAAUUUCAAUAAUAAUUCGAAAAAUUCGAAUUUUUCUCGUCGUUUAGAAUCCACUGAAAAAUUACCGAAAUCGAUAAAACUUGAAGAAAUUGUAAAAAAUAGUUUUAAAAUACCCGCUGAUAUAAUUCAAAAGGAGCAAAAUUAUUAUUUCGCUGAUCGUUUACAAUCUGCAAUGGUCAAUUUGAAUAAUUUAAUAAAUAUCGCUAAUGAUGAAAUUAUAAAAGUUUUAAAUAAAUCUGGAAAAUGA